CUGGUGGUGGUGGGGGGGAGGCGUGGUGGUGGGGGUGGGUGGGGGUGGUGGUUGGUGACGUUUCUUAGGUUCCCUGCUCCGUCAUUGACACUCUAAGUCCAAGAUGGCGGCCUCCGUGUGGUUUCGCCAAGCGAAGUUCGCCAAGAUGCUUCAGGUGUGCCGGGCGUCCCUUCCCAGCGCAACCGGUCAGUCCGGCUUGUCCUCUAAGCCCACCAAACCCACCAGCUCCACGAAAGACGCGGGGGCCACCAAGGCCAAAGGCUCGCCUGCCGCGGCUGUCGGUAGCGGCGGUGUCAACAAGGCGACCCCCAAGGCGACCCCCAAGGUGGCAGCCGCUGGGCCCCCUCCUGCGGCCCCCGUGGCCAGCGCCGCCCUCAAAGGCGCCACCUACGGAGAGAUCCUCCGGAAUGAAGCCAAGAAGAAGGAUCCGCAGUCGAGUAGCUCCAGCAGCUCCAGCUCCGAUUCGGACCGGGAACAGAAGCCGCCCCAUCCUCCGCCUCGCUCUGCCGGCAAGAAGGCCGCGGUGAUUCUGGAGGAACCCGCGGAAGCGACCAAAACCGCCACGGCCGCUAAGCCGUCCAAGACCGAGUCGGCCGAGCCGUCGAAGACCGACGAAUCGAAGGCGCCGACGGCCGUCGAUGCGUCCGGGGGCUGUGGCACGUCGGAGUCGGCCGCGGGAGUUGCCGAGGGCCGCGACGGAGCAAAGAAGGCGGCCAAGAAGGCGGCCAAGAAGGCGGCCAAGCGGGAGAAGGCCGAGGCCCACGCUCCGCCGGCGACGGGCGGACGUCCGCAAGAGGAGGGCGGAGGGCUUGGGGUCGCGGCCGGCGGGGUCGCGGGGGCGAUCGCCGGUGCCGCUGAGGCGUCGGCGUCGUCGGCGGCGGCGCCGGUGGCGGUGGAAGCGGGGUCGGGGAAGCGUGGCGACACGGAAGAAUUGGUGGACGCGGCGCCGCAAGUGGCGGCAGCAGAGGAGGAGGAACUCGGCGACGGAGGAGCCGCGGUGACGGUGCCGGAGGAGGGACGCCGGGGGGACGUGGACAAGGCCGCCGGCGUGGAGGCGGAAGGGAAGGAGGGCGGGCGGGAGGAACUGAAGGGGGCGGAGGUGAAAGGGCAGGAAUUGAAGGGGGCGGAGGUGAAAGGGCAGGAAUUGAAGGGGGCGGAUGCCGAAGGGGGGGCGGCGGUCGAAGAGGUCAAGGGAGCGGAGGUCAAGGGAGCGGAGGUCAAGGGAGCGGAGGUCAAGGGAGCGGAGGUCAAGGCGGUGGCGGUGGCGGCACCAGAAGAGGGCGGCCAGGCCAACGGGGAUCCGGCGGCCGCGUUGGAACCCGGCGCUGGGGCAGCUUCCUCCGGGACGGAGCAGACCACCUCUCGGGCGUCGCCGCCGCCGCCACCACCGGAGCCGUUUGACAACUCGUCGUACCGCAACACGGAGCACUGGGCCUACACGCCGCACACGUUCGCCGACGUCGACGUCGACCUGGCUGCCUUGCGCCAAUCGCAGCCGUCGUCACGCGGAUAGGCCCCUCGCUUAGACAAGCCCCACACGUCCCAGCCACUUAGUCACACUCUACCAGACACGCCCCUGAGCUAAACCCCCCCCACCGCCAUCUCUCCCCCCACCAUCUCUCCCCCCCCUCCCCCCACCAUCUCUCCCCCCCCUCCCCCCCACCAUCUCUCCCCCCCUC